CAAACAGAAUAAAUACAGCUUUUCUUGAGCCCUUAUUAGAAUAUCAACUAUCUUCACCGUUAGAGCGACUUAACUUAGAGGAAAACCCAGACUUCUUAGAAGUUUCUGAAGAAAGGGUUUUAUCACAGCUACAAAAACUCAACCCCAGUAAAAGUGGUGGCCCUGACGAAGUGCCCAAUUGGCUCUUGCGAGAGUAUGCUGUAAUCCUUGCCCUCCCAAUUAGUCUACUCCUAAAUGCAUCCUACAAACAACAACGCCUACCUGCAAUAUGGAAACUUGCGAAUGUUUCACCGCUGCCAAAAGUAAAAAUAGUACAGGACCUGAAAAAAGAACUUAGGCCCAUUUCAUUAACACCUAAUAUUUCGAAGGUUGCAGAGCAUUUCGUUGUUAAUGAUUAUGUGAAACCAGCUGUUUUGAAGAAAAUUGACCCCAAUCAGUAUGGAGCAAUCCCUAAAUCAUCGACGAUUUUUGCUCUUCUUAGUAUGGUGCAUAACUGGACCUCCGGGCUUGACGGUACCGGUUCUACAACUAGAAUCAUUCUAUUCGAUUACCAAAAAGCUUUUGAUCUAAUUGAUCACAGAAUUUUGUUCAAUAAACUACUUCAGUUAGAUCUACCACGAAGUGUUAUAAAUUGGAUUAUUGAUUUCUUAAGUAACAGAUUCCAAAGAGUCAAACUUUCACAAGGAUGUUUUUCAGAUUGGGGUGCAGUACCUUCGGGCGUCCCUCAAGGCACCAUUUUAGGUCCAUGGCUCUUUUUAAUCCUGAUAAAUGAUUUAUCUAUCACAGAUACUGACUUAUGGAAAUACGUGGACGAUACGACAGUAUCGGAAACAGUUGACAAAAACCAACAGAGUAGAGCACAGACAAUUGCUAAUUAGAUGUCACAAUGGUCCCAAAACAAUAAAAUGAAGCUGAAUGAAGAGAAAUGUAAGGAGCUCCGUAUUUCCUUCUCAAAAGUCCCUCGUGAUUUUAACCCGAUACUUAUUAACAAUAAAAGUAUUAGAGUCGUAAAAUCCGUUAAACUUCUGGGCUUGUCAUUCGAUAAUAACCUGACGUGGAAUCUACAUAUCGAAGAGGUAGUUAAAAAAGUAUCCAAACGAAUCUAUUACCUGAUCCAACUCAAACGGGCCAGUAUUCCUCGGAAUGAUCUGGUUCUAUUUUAUGUUACAUGUAUUCGAUCUGUUAUCGACUAUGGUAUCCCUGUCAUUUACUAUUCGUUGCCAAAAUACUUGCGUUCCGAAUUGGAAAGAUUACAAAAAAGAGCUAUUAGAAUCAUCUGUCCAAACACUAAUUACGAAGACGCUUUAAUUAGUUGUGGAUUGGAGUCACUGUCUGUUCAUCAUGAAAAUAUUUGUACUAGUUUAUUUCAAACAGUAGUUGCUGAUGAAAAUCAUAAGUUACGAAGUUUACUGCCACCUAUACAUACUUCUUUUUAUGAUUUAAGAACUAGUUUUUUUGUGGCUUCGUGCCGCAAAUCAUUUAUCUAAUGCUAUUGAAAUGACCUAAUAUUUUUAAUAAUUUUAAAUUUUUUAGUAUAUUAAAGUAAUAAACAUCUUGUAUAUAUAAUAUUUAUAUGGGAUGUCAUCAUAAUGGCUUGAUAAACUCUUCUUUUAUAUUCUCGUAAUGAGUUAAAUUUACUUGUAAAAAAAUACGCAAUUCAGCCUAUGGCUGCGAAGUAUUUUAUUAAAUCUAUCUAUCUAUCUAUCUAUCAAAUAUUGGCGUUGCAACAAACGUGCAACUUUACAGUACAUAUAAGGUAAAAUUACAUUAUUUACAAAUGUGUUAACGUUACAGUUAAUAUAUACCGUAAAACCAAAUUUUAAAAGUCAUUAAAAUUUCUCUAAAACGAUCAGUGCAUAUAAGAUAUAAUAAUUAGAUUAUUUUGAAAUGUGUUAACGUUACUGUUAUAAUAUAUACCGUAUAAAAAAAUUCUAAAAUCAUUAAAAAGAAACUUAUUUAAAAAUGAUUGUUUAAAACGGUCUGUGUAAACUUUUGGCAACAUAAAUUGAUGAUCGCGUUCUUCUUUAGACAUGUGUUGGAGGGAUUCCAAUUUCUGUUCAUGUGGAUGACGAUAGCAAUUUUUCACUAAAUUCAUGAAACCAUCAUGCGAGAGGUAAAAUACUCUGCGUUGGCGGGGAAUCGAACCCCGGUCUCCCUUCUUCGCAAUUUUUACUAUUUCGCUGUGGAUUUAAACACCACCAAGUUAUUUUUAGAACUGGUACACACGUCGUCAGUAAUUACUCAUUGUGAUCUUCUUUAGCUACGUUGUUUGCGGCAGUGCAAAUUAAAAUGAUGGACGUAGCAAAACGUUAACAGCACGAGGACACAAUUCUUAGAAUGUAAGCGCGGAAUAAAAUUUUCCCAUGCCUGGAAUUGAACCCGGGCCAUGUCGGCGAGAGCGCCAGAUCCUAACCACCAGACCAAAUGGGAAUUCGAUCGACCAACAUUGCAACCAACACUAAAUGUAAAAGGCUUCUCUAUUCUGAUAUCGAACAUUUUCAAGAAAAUACCUAAGGUUCGUCAUGACCUUGAAGUGACUUGAACACUUAACCUUCUGGGGCCGGUUGUAUAAAAAAGUGAUUAAAGUUAACUAUAGUUAAGUGGGAACGUCAUCCAAUAAGAAGCGCCAAUUUAAGAGUUAAUCACUAUUUAACUACAAAAUAGUGAUUAAAAAAGUGAUUAAGAGUUUUAUACAACCGGCGCCUGAUCUGGAGUCAGACGCGCUACCAGUUGCGCCACAAGGGCAUCGUUAAAAAGAUUUUCCAGUUAAAUAUCCACGCUGCAGUCUUCGAAACAAAAGUCACCGAAUAUCCUAAAAAGCAUUCCCAUGGCGGGAAUCGAACCCGGGCCAUGGCGGUGAAAACGCCAGAUCCUAACCGCUUGACCACAUGCGACAUUCAUUCAUUCGUACGUCUUUAUUAAAAUCUAUCAUAAAUAUUGGAGUUGCAACAAGCGUGCAACUUUACCGAGUACAUAUAAGAUAUAAUUACAUUAUUUACAAAUGUGUUAACGUUAUAGUUAAUAUAUACCGUAAAACCAAGUUUUGAAAGUCAUUAAAAGUUGUUUAAAACGAUCAGUGCAUAUAAGAUAAAAUAAUUAGAUUAUUUAGAAAUAUGUUAACGUUAUUGUUAUAAUAUAUACCGUAUAAAAAAAUUCUAAAAGUCAUUAAAAAGACACUUAUUUAAAAAUGAUUGUUUAAAACGAUCUGUGUAAACUUUUCGCAACAUAAAUUGAUCAUCGCGUUCUUCUUUAGACAUGUGUUGGAGGGAUUCCAAUUUCUGUCCAUGUGGAUGAUGAUAGCAAUUUUUCACUAAAUUCAUGAAACCAUCAUGCUAGAGGUAAAAUACUCUGCGUUGGCGGGGAAUCGAAGCCCGGUCUCCCGCGUGGCAGGCGAGAAUUCUACCACUGAACCACCAACGCGAUAUAUUGCACAGUCAUUUCUUCGCAAUUUUACUAUUACCGAAAUCAGUAGUGUCUUUUCCGGAAGUUGAAAAGACAGUCAAAAGCCAGUAGAAACUUUCAUGUUUUAUGACGUCACGAUGAAAGAAUGUAGCGUGGAACUUGUAAGUUAUUUUACUUAUUAGUAACUCCCUGUAGUAACUUUGCAUUUCUUCUCCCAGUGCCUUCCCACGAAUAAAAGUUCUCCCUAGU